UCACACUAAAAACCCUGAAACCAGAGAACCGAACCGACUCAAAAGCAAUGGAGUUGGCGAACAAGCUGGUGGCGCUAGCAGGCAGGGCAGCGAACAACAACGUAGUGAUCGACGCGUGCUUGGUGACCUCAUUCGCGGUGCUAGGCAUUCGAUCUCUCAAACAGCAGAAGGAUAUAGAAGCCCUGGAAGCCGAGAAGGAUUCCUUGACCAAAACCAACAAGGCUAUGAAAAAGGCCAUCUGGGAUUGGAAGCAGCAGCUCUUUGCUGAAGCCGACUCUGACUCCCCUCUUGUCCCUCUCGCUAGGCUCAAAGCCAUAUAUGGCGAAGCCCCAUCUCCUGCAAUUGGAGAUGCUACAGAAGAAGAUGCAAAAUCUCCAGCCUCCAAAUUUGUAGUCUGAACUCUAUAUUGGAUUAGCUAACUUUUGAGGGCGCAAGAGUUCUGUGUAACCAAUCAAAAUUUAGUGGACAAAGAGUCCAAUAUCUGGCCUUACCUCCGAGCGUUGGAUCCUUUGUAUUCAGUUUUGUGCUGGCACUGUAAUCCUAAUGGUAAAGAAGUCAACAAUCAGUCAAGGAGCUGUUGUUGUUAGAUAACAUUAUUACUAUUCCAUCACUUACAUAAUAAUUGUGUUGUAUUGUUUGCUCCAAGCUUGGGUGAAAGCUUCUCCAAAUCCUGGCAGGAGUAACAAGAUUCAUUGAGGUAAAUGUUUUGAUCGUAUGCAGCUGCAUUUGCAGUAACACACCAUCUUAAUUGAAGUUCAUUAGAGGAAAUAAAGUGGGUUGUUUAGGCUA